CGCUGCCCACGGCGCGGGUGCGGGGGCGCCGCUCGGUGUGGGCGCCGCGGCUCCCCCCGCCGCCGCUGGACCUGCCCCGCCUGCGGCUGCUGUUCCGGGAGCCCCGCGGGGCGACCCCGGGGCAGCGCCCGCCGCCCGCGGCAGUGCUGCUGGAGCCCAAGCGGAGCCUCGCCCUCGGCGUCUUCCUCAAGCAGCUCAAGCGGCCAGUGCGCCAAAUCGUGCGGGACAUCCAGGAGGGCAUCGGGGCGCCCUACGGGGCUGAGAAGCUGCUGGAGCUGUCCCGGAUGCUGCCUGGUGCCGCAGAGGUGGCGCGGCUGCGCGCUUUCUCCGGCAGCCCCUGGCAACUCCCCGACCCUGAGCUCUUCAUGCUGCUGCUCACGGAGGUGCCCAGCUACACCCAGCGCCUGGAGCUGCUCGUGCUGCAGGAGGAGUUCUUCCCCCGGCUGAGUGCCCUGCGCGGCUCCAUCCAGACCCUGACGGAUGCUGCCACAGAGCUUCUGGAGUGUGAGGAGCUGCACACCAUCCUCCACCUCAUCCUCAGCACGGGGAACCACCUCAACUCAGGUGGCUACGCUGGCAGCGCUGUUGGCUUCCGCAUUGCCUCGCUGCUGAAGCUGCCUGACACCAAGGCCAAUGAGCCAGGCAUGGACCUGCUGCACUUCGUGGCCAUGGAGGCGGCGAGGAUGCAGAGGAGCCUGCUGGACUUCCCGAGCAAGCUGCCGCACGUGGGCCCAGCCUCACGGAUCGAGGAGGCAGAGGUGGAGGGGGAGCUGCGGCGGCUGGCGGGGCGCCUGGCCGGGGCGCGGAGCCUGGGCGCGGCGGGGCUGGGGCCGCGGCUGCCGCCGUUCCUGCGGGCGGCCGAGGAGGAGCUGCGCGGGACGCGGGCGGCGAUGGACCGGCUGCACCGCACCGCGGCCGCCGCGCUCGACUUCUACUGCGAGGAGGCAGCGCCGGGCGGGCUGCAGGAGCUGUGCGCCGUGCUGCACGGCUUCGCGGGGCGCUUCCUCGGCGCCGUGCAGGAGAACCGGGCGCGGGAGCAGGCGCAGCGGCGGCGGCAGCAGCUGGAGCUCCAGCGGCAGAAGCGCCGCUCCGUCGCCUCCUGCUCGGCGCGGGACGCGGAGCCGGGCGGCCCCCGCCUGCUCCCCGCCCUGCCGCCGCCCUUCGCCUCCCCCCCGGCCCUGCAGCGGCGCCAUACGGCCCCCGAGCUGCCCGCGCUGCCCGAGCCGCGGGGGGGCCCCGAGCCCCGGCCGCCCGAGCCGCCCACCCCAGCCCCCACGCCCUUCUUCGGCCUGGCCGGGCUCUUCCAGCGGAAGGGGCCCAGCGCCCCCGGCCCGUCCCGCGCUCCCCCCUCCGAGGGCUCGGCGCUGCUCGGCUUCCUGCGGCGCCUGGCGGCCGGGGGGGCGCGCGGGGCCCCCACCAGCUGAGGGCCUGGCGGGAGCCGGGGGCUGCCGGCGCCUACCCCGAGCUGACCGGGUUUUAUCCUUCCCCAAACGCGCGUGUUUUCCGAGUGGCAAUAAACGUUGUGGGACCCCCC